CCGACAAACUGCUCUCAACUGUCGCAAAACGACUCGGAGUGUCGUGCACCGCGCCGCCCGUGCAAAGAUGGCGGCUGAGCUGCAUCCGCGCAGCGGAAAACUGAUCGGUUUGUCGAACUCAAACCGAACCGCUCAGAGAAAUCAGCCGGUACAGGAAUUCAAUCAUGGUCUGGUCCUCAGCCGGGAACCGCUGAGAGACCGCGAUGUCUUCACUGUCCGCAUCGACAAAAAGGUAAAUUCCUGGAGCGGUUCUAUAGAGAUCGGUGUGACUGCGCUGGACCCAGCCGGUCUGGAAUUUCCCAGCAGCGCCACAGGGUUGAAGGGAGGCUCGUGGAUCGUGUCGGGCUGCUCAGUGCUGAAGGACGGUCGCUCGGUCUUGGAGGAAUACGGCCGGGACCUGGACCAGCUUGUGGAAGGGGAUCGUGUGGGCAUCCAGCGCAAUGGGAAAGGAGAGCUGCAUCUGUGGGUAAAUGGGCAAGACUGCGGCACGGCAGCCAGCGGACUUCCUUCACGCUUAUGGGCUGUAGUGGACCUUUAUGGGAAGUGUACACAAGUGACUGUGGUGAGUUGUGAACCUCCACCUGAAAUGGAAGGGGAAGAUGAGGAGGAUGUGGAGGAGGAGAUUGUGUCGACACAAGCCGUGUCCAUAACUGCAGAUGCUGGCCGUAGCCACGAUGAUAGGGCUGGAGCUGUAGUGUUGACAGCAACUGGUGCUUCAACAACAGGGAAUAAUGGAUCGGCGGAGGAAGUGCCUGAGGUCUCAAGGAUACACAAUCGGCCAGACAAGUUUCCAAACAACUUUGAGCCUGACAGUGUUUUGACUGAGCAUCAGCUAUUUGAUGUGUUCAACAAUGCCAUCGUCUCUCUGUAUCGUUCGGAGGAGGAUGGUGGAGAGGACUUGGGGGUAGGAGGUGGCAGCUCUGACUCUUCGAGGGGUGGCACAGGAAAUAAUGGAGGAGGAGGCAGAGGAACAGGAAGUGACAGUGGGAUUGGAGGUGGAGUAACAGGUGCGGGCAGUAGCAGCAAUAGCAGCCCGGGAGGGGGCUCCGGAGGGGCGGCAGGGCUGGGUGUGACCGCUGGCAGCAUGACAACCAAUGAUGCGUUGCUGUUUCACGAGAAGUGUGGCACGCUGAUCAAAUUAAGCAACAAUAAUAAGACGGCAGAGAGGAGGAGACCGCUGGAUGAGUUUAAUAACGGCGUUGUCAUGACCAACCGACCACUCCGACACAAUGAAAUGUUUGAGAUUCGUAUUGACAAGCUAGUGGAUAAAUGGUCGGGGUCUAUUGAGAUUGGAGUGACAACACACAACCCCAAUAAUCUCGACUAUCCUGCAACUAUGACAAAUUUACGCUCAGGCACAAUCAUGAUGAGUGGCUGUGGGAUUUUAACCAAUGGGAAAGGGACCCGUCGGGAAUACUGUGAAUUCAGUCUGGAUGAACUCCAGGAAGGAGAUCACAUAGGUCUGAUGAGGAAAGCAAGUGGAGCUCUGCACUUCUACAUCAAUGGCAUUGAUCAAGGUGUUGCCGCCAGUCAGACUCCUGGUGUAGUGUAUGGAGUGGUGGAUCUCUAUGGCAUGGCCGUUAAAGUCACCAUUGUCCACAACCAUAAUCACAGUGACCGUUUACGGCGCAAUAAUGCCAUCAUGAGAGCGCUUUCCCCUGACGUGGGCCGACCCCGGCCUUCUCUCUCAUUGACCCCCGAACCUGAUAUCUCUGAUCGCUUGCUUUUUCAUUCUAACUGUGGGCAGAAGGCUGCAAUCAUCAGUGAGGGCCGGACUGCUUUACGACCUCACGCGACGGAUGAUUUUAACCACGGUGUUGUGCUUAGCAAUCGUCCCUUACACUCCAAUGAGGUUUUCCAGGUGCGCAUCGAUAAAAUGGUGGACAAAUGGGCCGGAUCUAUAGAGAUCGGCGUGACAACUCAUAACCCCGCCUAUCUUCAGCUACCAUCAACCAUGACCAACCUGCGCUCAGGAACCUGGAUGAUGACGGGAAAUGGCGUCAUGCACAAUGGCACCACAAUUCUUGAUGAAUAUGGGCACAACUUGGACCGCUUGAAAGCUGGGGACACAGUUGGAGUUGUACGUAAGGAAGACGGGAGUUUGCAUUUCUUUGUGAACGGAGUGCCUCAGGGCCCCGCAGCCUGGAACGUUCCACCCAAUGUGUAUGCAGUUGUGGACCUAUAUGGACAGGCUGCCCAGGCCACCAUUAUGGAUGAUAUGGCUGAUCUUCCUCCCCUGCCGGACGAUAGUUCUGAGGGUCCCACUGCCAUGUCUCCUGGGAGCCCGUGUUCAAUAUCCGGUGCCACAGCUGCCAAUGACCUCCGCUUUCAUCAGCUGCACGGCACCAACGCGGUCAUCACCAACGGUGGCCGGACAGCACUUAGGCAAAACUGCCGCAGCGAGUUUAAUGAUGCCAUUGUUAUUUCUAACAGGUGCCUUCGAGAUGGAGAGCUCUUCGAGAUUGUAAUUCAAAAGAUGGUGGAUCGCUGGUCAGGCUCAAUAGAAGCAGGAGUGACGGCGAUCAGGCCAGAUGAACUGGAGUUCCCUAAUACAAUGACUGACAUCGACUAUGACACAUGGAUGCUGAGUGGCACUGCAAUCAUGCAGGACGGGAACACCAUGAGAAACAACUACGGGUGUGACCUGGAUUCCCUGACCACAGGUUCGAGGAUUGGGAUGAUGCGUACAGCAUCCGGAGACCUGCAUUACUACAUCAAUGGGGUUGAUCAGGGUGUAGCUUGUACUGGGCUACCAUCAGAAGUGUAUGCUGUGAUUGAUCUGUAUGGUCAGUGUGUGCAAGUGUCAAUUACGAGUUCAUCCGGGCCACUAGAUAACAGUCUGUGUACCAGCAACAUCACAGAGAAGAGCUUCCCUAUACACUCGCCAGUGGCUGGGGUCGCUCAUCGCCUGCAUAGCAAACAUGGGAAGAACGUGGUUUUAUUGGGAGAUGGUUGCCAAGCGCUCAGGGUGGGAGGAUAUGCACAUGGGAUUGUCUUCAGUGCCAAGGAGCUCAGAACAGACGAGCUGUUUGAGGUGAAGAUCAACAAAGUCGAUGAGAGAUGGUCUGGUUCGCUUCAUGUGGGUUUGACCACCCUGCAGCCCCCAGACCUGCCAUCGUGCCCUCUCAGUGGACUAUCACCUUCUCUUACCCAGCUCAGGUCGAAGGUCACCUGGGUCCUCGCCGGUUCUGAGGUCAGACGCAACGGAGUGCUGCAGAAACAAAACUAUGGCUGCUCUCUGGACCGGCUCACGGUGGGAAAUCGUGUUGGAGUAAAAAGAUGCAGUGAUGAUACCAUGCAUAUUAUUAUUGAUGGAGAAGACAUGGGACCAGCAGCCACUGCAGUGGCAAAGAAUGUGUAUGCCGUUUUGGACCUGUAUGGAAAGGUGACGGCCAUUUCCAUCGUCAGCUCUACUAUGGUGGAGGACGCAGAGAGCGUGAAAGCUCCCUCGCUCUCAUCUGACAGCUGCAGCGAGGGAGAAGAAGAUAACACUCCAGUCAGAGAGUGUGAAAAUGAACCUCCGUUGGUGCCCACGGUCAUGACCUUUUUGGAGAAUCAUGGGAAAAAUAUCCAGCUGUCCAAUCAGAACCUGACUGCCGCCCGAGUGUCUAGCUACAACCAGGGACUGUUGGUCACAGCGCAAGCUUUGCCCCGCCAACAACUCUUCCAGUUUCAGAUAGACCGCUUGAAUCCAUCAUGGACAUCCUCGUUGUCGCUGGGUGUAAUCGGUCAUUCACCGGAUCGCCUCAACUUCCCUUCCACAGCCUGUUGCCUUAAACGCUCAGUCUGGCUUUUGCAACGAGACUCAGUUUUCCACAACUCGCUAAAGAUUUGUGAGAACUAUGGUCCUAACCUGGACACCUGUCCUGAAGGGACAGUUUUGGGGUUGUUGGUGGACAGCAGUGGGUGUCUCCACCUGCAUGUUAACGGCAUGGAUCAGGGCGUGGCAGCCCAGGACAUCCCCAGUCCCUGUUUUCCAAUCAUUGACCUUUACGGCCAGUGCGAACAGGUGACUAUAGUGAUGAACCAAGUGCCGGUGGAUGGUGAGGAGAGAGGGGAUAUGAGAUGUCAAGGCGACAUGGAGAAGGCUGAUAUGGUGGAUGGUAUCAAAGAGAGUGUGUGCUGGACGCCGCCUCCAGAGGUGAACCCAAAUAAGAUCUGCGAGUAUCAGGCACUCUGCUCCCGAUUCAAAGACCUGCUCACUCUGCCCGACGGAUACUUUAAUGAAGAUGCAAAGUAUAACCUGUGUUACUGUGAGUCCUGUCACAAACUACGCGGCGAUGAGGCCUAUUACAAGCGAGGGGAGCCUCCCAGAGACUACGCCCUGCCAUUCGGCUGGUGUCGUUUCGCGCUUCGCAUAAAGACGCACUGCGAAGUGUCCAACACCUUCAAAAAGUGGCACAUUGCAUAUCACGGCACCAGUGUCGGCUCACUUAGGCGCAUCUUGGACCACAACCAACUCUUGUCAGAAUCGUCGUCCAUUUUCUCUUCGUCCUCGGUGAAGACUGAAGGUCAUGGCAGCUACGGGGAGCCAGAGGAGAACAGCGCCCCAGAGCGAGAGAUCCCUCGCGUACAGCUUUCUCCAACUAUGCGCUACUCCGGCCUGGAGGCCUUUGCUCCCAAAGUGCAAUUCCGGGACCCACGUUCCCUCCGCUGUCACCAGGCACAGGUGGGCUUCCAGGUGUGCGUGCGGCCGGGCUCUUACAAGCAGGGCCCGACGUCGCUAGGAAUCAGCGAGCCCCUGGAUCCUCGAUUCAGCAACGCAGAGAUCGAAUGGAUCACCAAGGAGAAAGGUGGCACGCUGCUCUACGGCCUCCUCAUACGGGUGGAGUAGGAAAAAUCCCCUUUCCCCCCGAACUCACAAACUCCAAUAUCAACCAAAUUUUAAGCGCUGACUCUCGGGACGCCUCGUAUCGUUUCGCUUCCCAGGCUCAAAUGUCUCUGCAUGUUGUUUCAGACAUACUUUGUUU